GGGCAGAGCGGGUGACGGCGAGGGGCACGGGCCCGGAACUGGGGGACCUGGAGGCGGAGAUCGCGGUGACGCGCGGGGUGGGGCGGGUUAGGUUUCGUUUUCCCGCAGCGCGCGGUUUCGUUUUCCUACGGCCGUUCCCGUCGCGCCCCCGCAGGGCCCAGCCCGGACGCCGGCUCGACACCCGUGGCCCCUCGUGUGCCCGAGGCCCCGCCGCAUCUGUAGCCACACCCAUCGCCUCCUUGGCCAGGACUCACCUGGGCAACACCGUGGCCAGAAGUCCUCAACUUCCAUCUGUGAUCCCAACACUUGGGACCCCAACACCCGGGACUACCUGCGGAGAGUCACGCGGAACCCUCCUCUCACCUGCGCUAUCCCCCGACUGCCCCCGCGACCCCAGCCCUCGCCGCGGAGGGCGCGCCGCUCUCUCUACGCCCAGCCCUUGCGGAGGGAGCAAUGGCCGUGGCUCCCGACGGGGGGACCCCGCGCGUGCUCUUCGGAGACUGGCUUCUGGGCGAGGUCAGCAGCGGCCGCUACGAGGGACUACGGUGGCUGGACGCGGCCCGAACGUGCUUCCGCGUGCCCUGGAAGCACUUUUCGCGGAAGGACCUGGGAGAGGCCGACUCGCGCAUCUUCAAGGCCUGGGCUGUGGCCCGCGGCAGGUGGCCUCUCCGCAGCAGCGCAGGUGCCCGGCCUACCGCUGAGAGUGCGCUCCGAGCUUCCUGGAAAACCAACUUCCGCUGCGCGCUGCACUGUACGCGGCGCUUCGUGAUGUUGCAAGACAACUCGGGGGACCCUACCGACCCUCAUAAGGUGUACAUGGUCACCCCCGGGCCGGCGUGCGGAGAAAGCCCAAGCAUUAUUAGCCAGGGGGAGGACAAGGCCCUUGAAGAUGCCCCACCUACAAGGGAUGGGCUUCUGGGGCCAUACCUGGCAGCAGAUGCUGGCGAGAGGCUGGGGCAUGGGCUGGCCGGGCUGAGCCCUGAGCCCUGUGCCCCAAGCCCAGCUGGAGAUGCUGGGGACCUAUUGAUCCAGGCUCUGCAGCAGAGCUGCCUGGAGGACCAUGUGCUGAAAGCUGCGUGUGGGGUGGAGCCGAUAGCCCCUGGGGCUCCUGACACAGGCCCACCCCCAGCCCCCUGGCAGCCGCGAGAGGCGGAGCCCCGCACCACAGCCUCCCCCAGUGCCUGCACCCUGAUGGCAGGGCAUCUACACGUGGCUGGUCCCACCUGCUCACAGCUCGGUCUGCACACACUGCCCAGCUUGGGGGCCCUGGACUUGACCAUCACGUACAAGGGCCGAACAGUGCUGCGGGAGGUGGUGGGGCGCCCGAGCUGUGUGCUCCUGUACGGCCCCCCCGAUGUAGGUGGUGGGGCUUCAGAGCACCAGCGAGUAGCCUUUCCUAGCCCCGCCGAGCUGCCCGACCAGAAGCAGCUCCACUACACAGAGAAGCUGCUGCAGCACGUAGCCCCCGGCCUACAGCUGGAACUCCGGGGUCUCAGGCUGUGGGCCCGGCGCCUGGGCAAGUGUAAGGUCUAUUGGGAGGUGGGAGGGCCCCUGGGCUCGGCCAGCUCCUCCACCCCCGCCCGCCUGCUGCCCCGGAACUGCGACACCCCCAUCUUUGACUUCAGCACCUUCUUCCAAGAACUGGGGGAGUUUGAGGCCUGCCGGCGCCGGGGCUCCCCUCACUACACCAUCUAUCUGGGCUUUGGGCAGGACCUGUCAGUGGGAAGGCCCAAGGAGAAGAGCCUGGUCCUGGUGAAGUUGGAGCCAUGGCUGUGCCGGGCAUACCUGGAGGGCGUGCAGCGCGAAGGCGCGUCCUCUCUGGACAGCGGCAGCCUCAGCCUCUGCCUGUCCAGCUCCAACAGCCUCUAUGAUGACCUGGAGCACUUCCUGGAGCACUUCCUGAUGGAGGCGGAGCAGCCCGGCUAGGCUGGGUCCCCAACCCCUCCCAAUCUAAUAAAAAGAUCCCAAGAACCAGUGCUGGUGUCCUGACCAGGGGCAGGCUUGAGACUGAGGCUUGGGAGGGGCACUGUGGAUGCGAGGUUCACCCCACUUCACGGGAAGCCCGUGACCUGUGGGCCCAGGAAGGGAGCCCCCUGCCCCGCCCACGUUGGCCUCCUGUGCACACCCGUUCUCCUGACUUCACAGUGAAAAAACUCAGGGCAUGCUUUAGAGCCAACAAACUGCUCCAAGAGCGCAAGGGCCCCUCAGGACACGUGUUCCCCAGAGGGGGCAGCACCUGGGGCCCCUCUGCCGUGAACAGGGCUCCCCAUCUGUGCUGCGCCCUGGCCUUCGAGACCCGCCAACACUGCUGUGCCUGGGAGGUGGCGGACCUAAGUGAAAACCCGAGCGAUUACUUAUAAAACACAACGAGCAGACGAGGGAAUCCUGGGACCAGAUGGUUGCCCGUGGGAGAAGCGCCACCCGCCCGCCCGCCUUUGGUUUCUCAUCACCAAAGGCUUCGCCUUUCAAGUACUGAGCCAAUCAAGACAUUUCUAAAGAUAAUCCGUUUUUGAUAAAUUAGAACACAAUGGGAACAGUGUGUGUCUAUAAUAUACAUAUAAAAGUCCAGUUUUAAACUGUGAGCAAGACAGGUGCACAGACCACGUGCGAUCACAGGAACCCUGGAAACGGGAGGGCGAGUGGCCCGGAGUUUUCUGCUUCGGCUACUCCAGCCAGAAGGGCCCCGGGCAAGCCUCAGCCCUCGGCACCCUGGGCAGGCGGCUCCUCACCGGCCUCGGCCCGCCGGUGUCUGCGCAUAUGCCUGUACUUGUCCACAUAGGCCUUCACCAGGUUGCCCACCUUCACGGGGUUGAUCUCCCCACUCUUGCUGUGGCAGAUCUGGGGGAGUGGGGCACAGUUACCCGGAUGUCCCUGCAAACCCGCGUGGUCAGGGAUCAUGGGGAUGGAGCGCUGGGGAGCAUGCCAUGAGGGACAGCAGGCAGCCUGAUGUGCGCCUGCCUGCUCUGCCCCCCUCAAGGGCUGCUGAGGGUCCCACUGAGAUCAGCUGGCAUGUCCAUCUCUCAUGUCCAUCUCUCAGGGUCUCACUUCCUACCCGUGAGCUGGGUUAAACAUCUUGUGUCAUUUAGCCUCUUUAACUAAAGUCACGAGGACACAGUCGUAAGCCCCUCACAAACACCAGCAUUUUAUACCCCCGAAGCAUCAAUGAGGCGUGGCUACAACUGGCCUGAAGCUGCGCCCAGGAUGUGGCCGAGCGACCCUGGGGCCGGAGCCCCUCUCUCUGGGCUCACGGACCCCACACCCACCUUCUGCACGGCCUUGCGCAGAAUGUCCUUGUACUCGUCCUUUGUCACCUCCCUCUUCUGGUAGAAGGGCUUGAUGGCCAGCUUCACCUCCUCCACAGCCCGCUCCUGCACGUGCAGCUUCUUCAUGUACUAGGGGGGAGGACACUUGUGAGACCACUGGCCCCUGGCUUCCCACCCACCCACCCACCUGCGCCAGUCCCUGGAGGAAGGAGGGGCGCGACUCACCUCCUCGUUCUUGGUCUUCUCCGAGGCUGGCCUGGGAGCAGCUGUUCUCUCCUCGGAGCUGUUGGCAGCGGCGGUGGUCACAGUGGCAGCAUGACCAGCCGGCUCUGAGGCUGCAGUCAGGACGGUGGGCACCGGGGCCGGGCUCUGGGCCACCCCGCAGCCCAUCAGGGGCAGGCUCCCCUGCAAGAGGAACUGGACCGCGGGCUGGCUGACAGGUGCGUAUGGUGGGACA